AUGGCUGAAGACGCACACCCGACUUAUCUCUCACCUAGUGAGCUAGGCUCAAAGGACUACUGGGAAACCUACUACGCCCGCACCCUAGCCCACAUCUCCAACGCAAACCCCGAAGAAAAAGAAGGUGCCGAUGCAGACGAAGCAAACGACUCCGACGCAGACUCAGACGUCAAUGAUGAAGAUGACCCCGGCACAUCCUGGUUCUCAGAGCAUAAUGCCCCCGAAAAAGUCCUCCGCUUCCUAACCCGCCGCUCCUUCCCGCUCGCCCCGAAGAAUACAUUGCGUCGCGCUGCCAACUCACCGCAGCCUAGUAUCCUCGACCUGGGUACCGGAAACGGGAGCAUGCUCGCGCUGCUACGGAAACGUGGCGGUUUCGCUGGUAAGAUGGUUGGCGUGGAUUAUUCGCCGUUGAGCGUCGAGUUGGCUAGGGAGUUGCAGAAGUCCAGGGGACAUUCUGCUUAUCGGACAGAUUCCGAGGAGGAGAGCGAGGAUGAGGAUGAGGAGGAGGGUGUCGAAGGAGGCGAGGAACAAGCAGAGCCAGUACAGCCUCCCACUUCUUCUCCCAUCCAAUUCGAGGAAUGGGACGUCCUGGGCUCGAACGCCGUGCUUUCGCCCGAAGGACUCGCUCUCCAGCCCGCUUCUCCGGAGAUUCAGGCAGAGGGCAAGGAGGUGCUAUCCUGGUUCCCGUAUGCGUCGGGCGGCUUUGAUAUCGUUCUUGACAAGGGCACUUUCGAUGCGAUCUCGUUGGCGGACGACGCGAAGGAGACGAAGGUUUGCGAACGGUACCCCGAUAUUGCGAGGCGGUUGUUGAGGCGCGGUGGGUUCUUGGUCGUGACUAGUUGUAAUUGGACGGAGGAUGAGCUGGUUAGCUGGUUUACGGCCGGUGCUGGUGCGGAUCGGUUGGUUGUUUGGGGGCGUGUGGAAUAUCCGCGGUUUAGGUUUGGGGGGCAGGAGGGCCAGGGUGUUUGUACGGUGUGUUUCCAGAGGGUUGGAGAGAGUGCUUGA